AUGGUUUCGUCGCUCUCAAUUCCGCAUUUUCGAACUCGGAAUUCCUCGAAUCAAAAGAAAGAGUCGCAUCGUCCAGCCCCGUUGAAGCUCAAAGAGAGCACGUUUAAACCCUCGAAAAAGAGCGAACCCGAAGUGACUGCCAUCCGGGGAAGUAUCUCGUGGCCUGUCGAGACAAUGCCGAGCGAGUCCACCCCCCGGUCCUCACCCGCCGCCACGCCCGAACCCACCGAGACCCUAAGAGCAAAGGAUAUGUCAAAGACACGAACCCAACCCCGGCCCAUGCACCCAAAGAACACCCUGGCUCCGACCGUGGAGCGGCGACCGGUCUCCCCGCAGGAGUCGCUGCGCACCAUCAUUCACCUGGACUCGCCCCCGGACUCGGACUCGGACGAGGAUGGCGAGGGCGAUGGCGAUAUCUCGCCUUUAUCCGAUGGUCGACCGCCUGUACGUUCAGGCAGUGCCCUGGCCCGCUUUUUUCCAGAACUCUCCUCGCAAUUCCCCGUAGUGGCCCAGGGCAACGGCGAUCAAAAUAUGAAGCCUGCAAGCCCCACGCCCUUUGAGUCCGAGCUCGAGGAGCGGGUCAAUAUUCUCUACAAGAACUCGGCGGAUGCCGUCGAGGACUUGGAGGACGAUGAGGGUGCCCUGCGUGGUGCCCUGCGAGGGGUCUUGGAGGGAGCGUUGGGUCAAAAGACGGGUUCUUCCUCAGGCUCCGAUGAGGUCUUUGACUGUGCAUCGUCCUGCUACAGCCGUCGCAGCUCGGUGACCAGCAUUGGAACGGAGUUUGUGGGUGAAGGUCGUGCAUACAAAUCUGCUGAUGCAUAUUCGAUUGUGUCGCCCGUGGCCGCCGGCGUCUUCGAUGAUGCCGCAUCCAUCGCCCCGCGAGCCAUGUCCGACGUGGGCUUGUCACCACACCCCUCCAGAGCCCUUGCGGAUAUGGGCCUGUCACCACAUCCAUCAAAACCCUCAUCAGAUGUGGGCUUGUCACCACGUCCUUCAAUAGCUACUUCCGACGUGAGCUUGUCACCACGUCCCUCAAUAGCUCCUUCCGACAUGGGCUUGUCGCCGCCUUCGCUCAACGGAGCGUUCCCGCCCCGUGCGAACUCGGUUGCCUCGAAAUUCUCCAUGAAUGACUUGAAAAACAAACCCUUGCCCUUGGAACCCCCCGCCGAGCCCAGUCCGUUAAGUGUUCGCCGCACCGACUCCCCACCGACGGGGGCGCUCUCAAUACGAUCUGGCUCAUCACACUCCUUGGCCGUGCAGCGCCGGGGCUCCCAAUAUUCGGCAGUGAGCCGGAAAAACUCACAGUUCCUGUCACCAAUGCAUGGGAAUGACUCGCAGACCUCGUUGCGGCCAUCCCCGGCUGCAAUCCAGCGAAGCCAGUCGGGCCUCUCGUCAAAUACCCACCGAUCGGACUCGGAGGCCCGCCAGCGUCGAGGCCGCCGCCCCGAGUGGUCGGACCAUCUGCAAGCGGGAGGCCAGCGACUUCGCCACGUUCCGACGUUGUCUCAGGCCGCCGAGGAGUUGGAGGAUGCUCUCGCGGGCUUGGCACAAGAUGGAAGCGGCCCGCAACGAACUCUCCUCAUCCUCGAUGGCCCACUCCAGAUCAGCCGAAACAACGGCGGCGAUUUGGUCGCUACGCGCCCGGCGCCCAUGCCCCCAUCGACCAAGCCCCACUCCAGACCAGUCAACAACCCGACUCUGGAGGCCUCCAAGUCGAUGGUGAAAAAGGACAAGGAUCGCAAGCUCAGCAAGACGAAGCCACCCCAGGACGCGGCGAAAGACCGGCAGCUCAAGUCAACCAGCGAGACUCCGACCAAAGAGAAGAGCCGCAAAACGAGCAAGCCCAAGGAGGAUGGGAAGGAAAAAGAGGCUAAGGACAAGUCUAUCAAGGUUAAGGACACUUCCAAAGAAAAGACUCGACAGGCCAGCAAAGUGAAGGACGAGCCAAAAGACAAGGAGCGUCAAGCUUCCAAGGCCAAGGAGUCCAAAGCCAAGGAAGAGGCCAAAGAAAAGGAGGCCAUGAAAGCCAAGGCAGCCGAAGAGAAAGCCCGAAAGGACGAGGAGAAGGCCAAAAAAGACGAGGAGAAGGCCAAGAGGGACGAGGAAAAGGCUCGGAAGGACAAGCAAAAGGCCAAGAAGUCGUUCAUGCUGGCCAUGCCCACGUUCAGUCGCAAGCCGAGCCAGCUGCCACCACAGGAUAUGCGUCGGGCCAGCGUGCUGAGCUCGCGUUCCGAGGCCUCGCUGGACCCACUCGUCGCCGAGCGCAAGGCAUCCUCGCACAUCGACCCGACCGACAUCUCUCGACGUCUUUCGCACCACCAAACCCACUCCGACCCGAACCUCGAGUUGAACGCGCCCUUGUUUAACAAACGGGACGAUCUGCUUCUGCAAUUGCCCCGGCUGCAAACCCACGACUUGGGCUUCAGGAACCCGUUCGACAGCCGCCCAGCCUCAAGCCAGGGGGUCGUCCGCUCGAAGUCGGGCAGCCCCACGCACCCCACAAGGUCCGACUCAGAACGAAGCAUCGAUCCCGCGGACCUAGCUCCCGCCAGUCGCAGCCACACCCCCCCGGAGGAUGAGAAGAUUUUGGUUUCGGUGAACAAGAUGCGACAAGAUCACGCCUUGGUCUCCACAGCUCAGGCAAGCAGCGUCGAGCUCCCCGCCCAGAUCUUUGAGCUGGCCGCCACGCCGCCAUCGCCAUCGGUGGUCCUGUCUGCGCGGCCGGUCGAGGUCCCGCGAUCGGUAGGAAAGGCCUCGCGCCCAUUCGUUUUCCCGGUCAAGAUGCCGGAGCGAGUGGUUGUAGCAAUGAUGGAGAGCAUUGACUCGCUCGACGAUCUGUUCAACUUCGCUAUUGUCAACAAACGUUUCUACACUGUCUUCAAGGCCCGCGAGCUGCCCAUGAUCAAGAACACACUCUUCAAGAUGUCGCCGCCCGCCUGGGAGCUGCGCGAGAUGAGUCCUCCCUGGACCACCGAAUGGCAGCUUCUGUUGGACCCUGACUCCCAGGUUCCCGAGUACACACCGACCCUCUACCUCCGGAGAUACGCCCAGGACAUCUACACACUCGCCCAGCUCAAGUCGCUGGUUCUUGCCCGCUGUGCUCCCUUCUUGCGUCGGGACACCGUGCGUGGCCUGGCGGGAGUGGACAGCGUGCGUGCUGAGGAAGUCGAUGACGCCUUCUGGCGUAUCUGGACAUUCUGCCGGAUCUUCGGCAGCGGCAAGGGCCGCGAGACGGAUAUUGUGGGCCAGAUGGACUGGCUGAAGGGCGGCGUGAUGGCCAAGAGCCUCUAUGGAGCGUCUUCGACUAUGACGGAGCCUUUUGGCAUGACCAAUGUCUUGUUCGAGCCGCCCGAGGGAUUCGGUCGCGGGAACACUGGCGGACUUUCUCAGAAGCAGAUGUACGACAUGACUGAGAUCUGGACUUGUUUGGGAGUGUUGCUGCAGCCUCUGCACGGCAAGUGCAUUGACGCUCGCAAGGUCGGCAUCUUCGACGGCAAAGAUGCUCCGGAGGGCGACACGGUUCGGGAGGAGACGGUGCUUGGAAUGGACUUCUUAUGUCCUCACGCUUGGUCUCUCCGCCGUCUUGACUCUCAGCCCCUCUGCCCUGCCGACACUACCACCGCCACCUUCCACAAGGCCAAGUCGAUUGGUCUCACCAAAUGGGAGGCCACGGAAACCGAGACGAGCCGAUCUUCGUUCCUGAAGGAGGCCGUUUCGCGUGCCUACGAACUUCAGGAGCGCACCCUGUCGCUCCAGUCCAACUCCCCUCUCGAUCUGCUGCAGCGCGACAUGGGCGUUCAGUCUCCCGACAAUGAAGCUCUGCGUGAGAACCGUGAGCGCCAAGCGGCAUUCGCUCUCGAGCUCCGUGUCCGUCGUAUGCGGAACAACAACGGCGGCGACGGCGGCGACAGCGGCGACAGCCCUCAAGGGGGCCGCACUUUUGCCGAAGAACGUCCCAUGUCCGAGUACAGCACUAUCCUGCACAACCUCGAUGGGACCGACCAGGAACCGCCCCCACCUGUCCCUCCGGUGCCCGCUCUUAUGAUCGACCGUUCCUCCAACUCCACCGCGAGCCCUGCUCCCCGAACCCCCAACCGCACCCCUACUCCCAACCGCACUCCUCCCCCUCCGCGCGCUGAAUCCCCAAUCACCAUCCCACCUGCGCGAAGCCCGCCGCCUGCCAUCGCCCCGCCGCCUCUGCAGCCCCAGGUGCUCGACCCCGUCGACCGCGCCAUUGACAUGAUUGUCAAUGAGCUCGGCUUCCACGAGGACGAUGCCAAGUGGGCGCUCAAGAUCACCGACACCGGCGAAGGCCUCGACGUCCCCGCCGCUGUGCAUCUGCUCCAGCGUCAGCGCAAGAAGACCGACCGCAACCGCAACCCAUUCGCUCCCCGGGGCAAGCGCAACAGCUUGCUUAGCUCGGUGAUGAAGCGCCAGGGCUCGCAGGACUCGGGCUGGCGAUGGGCGUAG